AUGUCCACGGUGUCCGCAGGCGGUCGUCGUGGUCCGCCCAAGGACUUCCGCGGCCCACCCAGAGGUGAUCUCAGGCUGAUUAAACCUCGAGGGCGAGGCUAUUCCCAGUCUGAUGUAGGCGAACCAUGCAUUCCACGCUUUUCAGCAGUGGCCAGCGAGGGAGUAAAGAUGGCCCUACCUCCGGAAGAAUACGGCGAGAAUACCACUGUAUUGACGGGUGUAACCAGUGAACAUUCGUACAGUGGCGAUGAUCGGCCCAUUUAUGAGCCGCCCAUGGGACGCGUUGUUAGCAGAAGAUGCUCAAGAAUGCUGUGGUUGUGUGCAGCCGGUUUAAUAUCAUUGUUAGCUCUUAUCUCAGCACCUCUGAUGUGUUCAUUACCAAUAGCCAUGAACUAUGUAGGAUAUCAUUAUCCCCAGAUUACUUGUGAAGUCGAUUGUCAAGGGUACUUGUUGUUAGUAGCGAUUAAAUCUCUGUUACUUGUUGUUGCUUUAUGGGCUCUUUACUGGCGACGUGCAGCCGCCGAUCUACCACGUCUGUACUUUGCUCGAGCAGCCCUGUGCUUUUUUGUAUUGUUCAUACUGUUCGCCUUUUGGUUAUUCUAUACAGUGCGAAUCUUCUUAGAACGGCAUAGUAACUACACCUACGUGAUUACCUAUGCUCUUUCCUUACUGGAUGCUUUACUGUAUACGCAUUACAUCUCUGUAAUUGUUCUGGAGUUACGACGUAUACGUCAGGAAUACAUCAUUACAAUUGUUCGAGAUCCUGAUGGAGAAUCAAAGACGAUGCCUAUUGGUAUGAUGUCUUUGCAAGAGGCCGCCAUCCAAGUUCUACGUUUUCACGAAACUCAUUUCCCUUCGUAUAACGUUUUUCUUGACAGGGCACGUCAAUCAAGUCACCGUUUACGAAAUGCCUCACAGCCACCCGGGUUCAAAAUGUAUGAUAUCGAAGGGAUUGGAGGUGGAACGACAGAAAUCAGCCAGAGCAACCUGCGCGCUCUCAUGGAAGCAACAUCCAGACGCCGCAAUACCAAUCACAACGAUAUCCUACAAGAAGAAUGCGAAUGGGAAAGACGAAUUAAAAAGCGAAAAUAUCGUUUGAUCGCUUCGGCAGAAGAGGCGUUUGCUCAAGUUCAGAGCAUCGUCGAUAAUCAAAUUGGAAAUAAGAAUUUCUGUGAUGCCAUGGAUUCAACUACGGCAGCUCAGGGUGUUUUUGCAUGUAUAAUGCGUCCAUUGAACAAAUAUUUAAGACAGACAAGACAACAACCUCGACAUCCCGCUGAAGCAGUAACGCAUCAUAUUGAAAGAUGCCUAAGCAUGCGAAUGAGCUACAGGACGUUUUUGCAGCGGUUCUUCAGCGAUCGAUUUCCUGCAAAAGACAUUGUCACCGAAUCAAAGUGGUCUAUUAUUUCUGACGAACAGGCGUCAAUUUCUAUUCAGCACGGAACAACAUUUCUACUUCGAUCGCAUAAUAAGGAAGAUGAUGCAGGCGUGCAGCUUCUGUGUACUGUAAGUUCCCUACCGUUCUUCAACCUCACUGAACAACAACGAUCCGCAAACAACAAAUUUGCUCUGAAAAUCAGGAACGAGUCGUCAGUAUAG